AACGUUCCCAAUAUAACCACACAUCCCAGCCAGCUGAGGGGUCCGGUCAGCGGCCUCAGUCUGAGCUGUACGGUUAGUGACAAGCACUCUGCUCUCUGGAUUGUGUUUUCUUCACGUGUUUGGAUAAACACCAUGAUAAAAGGGGACGAUUCAAAUGAAGUAGAAAUUGAUUUGGAGGACUCUACUGACUCUGAUGAAUUUGAUAAUGGUGAGGAACCUGAAACUCUCUGGAGGGCCGAUCGUUCCGUGGAAGAAGACGAAGACAUUCAUACGUCCACACUGGUGGAAAUCAGUGAUACCAAGCCUCUGAUAACUGUCCGGGACCCCCGUGGUAUCAAUGACUGUCUCAAGGUGACGUUUGAGGAUGUGAUUGCUGAGCCGGUGUCAGUGCGCAGUGGGGACAGAGUGUGGUUCUGGAGCAAUGCCCUGUUUGAGGUGUCUAGGGUUUGGAUCUACAGGAUAGUGACAGUGCUUCUGGCCAUUCCCAUUUCAAUUAUCUCUGGUCUCCUCUUUGCCAUCCUCAGCUGCUUCCACAUCUGGUUCGUUGGUCCUUGUAGCCACUGCAUCCUCAUUGGGGCAUGCUGGCUGCAGAGCCUAUGGAGCAUUGUGCUGGGCAUCAUUGUGCGCCCCUUCCUCACGAGUGCAGGGAGAUGCUGUGGAGGCUUCAGCAUUCACCUGGCCAAAGAAUGAGACUGACACAUCCAGACUGCAAUUGUUCAUUAUGACUGGUGUUCUAGUGGACUGAGCCGAAGUGGGCAAAAUGUUUAUAAUUUCAUGUUUUCCACGGUUAAGGAGCAUUUGAUCAAAGUUCAAUGGCAUCUGAUGGUCCUUUUUAAUGAUUAUAGACAACCUUUGACAUGUUUAAACAAUAAUUUGGACCUGUCACAGUCACAGAAGGUGAUGUUAUUCUUGAUUUUAUCGAUUGGGUUGGUGAAACCAAAAAAAGGAUCAGAGUUCCUAACAUCUGAGAUCCGAGUCAGACAAUGGAGUCUCUAAAUUUAACUUCUGUUCCAGUGAUUGACUUAAAGAAAACGAGAAUAAUGAAAGUAACCAUUUUCUCACACUGAUACAGUCGGGUUACGACUUUGUGAGAUGUCGUGAAUUUGAAAUCAUUUCAGCAUAGUUUGUUAUACAAAUGAAUUGUCGUAUCAUCUUUAUGUCCUAAUACUUGGGGCUGGGUUUAUUUUGUUACAUUUUUAAACUGCAGUUUAGAGUUCAAGAUAGUUUAAACUACUAGAGUCUAAUUUUAAUUAUAUAAGUUACUUAUUUCAAACCAAAGAAUAUUUGGUUCAAUCGAAAAAAUAGAAGCACUUAGAUGUAUUCUUAAGGGAGGAAAUGGCAAUAAAAUAUAUGGAAAAGUCA